GCGUUCAGUCAGUAGUACAAUCAGAGUCGCCGCGUGUGCAGACUGUCAUGCGUGACGUAUUAGUGUUGUUUUGUUGAUUGCUUGGAAAGAUCAUCAAGCUCUAUGACACCUCGCGGCGGCCGAGUAGAAAGCGAGAAUCGUAAUUUUCGUGUGGCAACGCUGUGAUUUUCGAGAAAACUGUGUUUCGAUUUGGUGCAAAAGUGUACGAACACGAAAAUAGUGUCGAUUCGGCGGUUGGGCGGCCCUUGCAGGGCAUGGCGGCCACCACGUACCUGCCGGUGAGUAGUGCGGUUACAGCAGAUUUGGAGGGCAGCGUCGUAGGAAUGAACAUCGUCGGUGGAUACCAUACAAGUGCGUCGCCCAGAUCGGCGGCGGACGCCAGCGAAAUGAAGUACCUGCCCCAGCAUCACAAUCACCACCACCAUAUGGCUAGUUCGCCGUCGCCUGGUGGCCACGCGGCUAUGUCCCUGUCGGCCGCCAACCCCUGGGUUAGCCUGCAACCCGGCGGCGAUCCCUGGGCCGCCUCAAUGGCGGGUAUGCACGCGCACCAUCACCACCCGCAUCAGGACGUUAAACCUUUGGCUCAACAAGCGGACAUGAUGCACCACCAGAGGCAACAGCAGCAAAGCAUGGGUUCCCCUCACGGUUGGCACGGACCCGUCACGUCUGCACAUUACAACCCCGGCGGUGCGGGUUCUCCAUUGCAUCAGUACCAUUCGGCGGUAAUGAACGGGAUGCUGGCGCACCACCAAGGCGCGCCCCAAUUACACCACCCACUUUCGCAUAGAGAUAUGCAGAGUCCGCACCACCCGCAGCACCCGGAUAGGGAUGUUAGUGGUGGUGAAGAUGAGACUCCGACGAGCGACGACCUGGAGGCGUUCGCCAAACAGUUUAAACAGAGACGGAUAAAAUUGGGGUUUACGCAGGCGGACGUGGGAUUAGCGUUAGGUACAUUAUACGGCAACGUUUUCUCGCAAACAACAAUCUGUAGGUUCGAAGCGUUACAGUUAAGCUUUAAAAACAUGUGCAAGUUAAAACCGCUGCUGCAAAAAUGGCUCGAAGAAGCGGACUCGACGACGGGCUCGCCCACGUCCAUCGAUAAAAUAGCGGCCCAGGGCAGGAAAAGGAAAAAGCGCACGAGUAUAGAAGUUUCAGUGAAGGGGGCCUUAGAGCAACAUUUCCACAAACAACCGAAACCAUCUGCUCAAGAGAUCACGUCGCUAGCGGACAGUUUACAAUUAGAGAAAGAAGUGGUUCGGGUGUGGUUCUGCAAUCGGCGGCAAAAGGAAAAACGAAUGACGCCGCCGAACACGUUAGGAAACGAAAUGAUGGAGGGUAUGCCGCCGGGUCACAUGCACCCCGGCUACGGUCACCACCCGGACAUGCACGGCUCGCCCAUGGGCCAGCAUUCCCACUCGCAUAGUCCCCCGAUGUUAUCCCCCCAGGGCAUGGGCCACCAAUUGACGGCCCACUAGCACGUGGCCCACUGGGCCUCCUCCCUGCUGCACCACAGCGACAACGGCUAGUGAUAUUCCUCCGCGGUCGCGUUUCGGCCUCAUCCGCUACCUCAAAGGACUGUUCGUCAGCCCUCCGGCCGUUGCGGGGGUCCAAGUGGACAUUUUGCGAUUUAAACUGAAGUGCGAGUGAGUAUAGUUAGUACCUUAGACUGUACAUUCUUGUAAAUAAGAGUGAUAGAUGCCGCCCGUCGGCCCUGUAACAUAAUUCCUAGACGAUAUGCAGGGUGAGUUGAAUGGUUCAUUUACGUUUAGCGGGUAGAAUUUGAUGAAUUAUUCGGAAAUGUAUAUACUGGGCGCUGAAUCGAAAUCAUAAGCUCUAAACACUACCGAAUGCGUUGAAGGGAUGAGGGACGAAAUACCCAUUAUUUUUAUACCAUUUCCAUUUGUGUUGGAGUGCGUGGUGAUAGAGAAUAUUUGAGUUAAUAUUUGCAAAUCCAGUGGGGCUUCAGCUUUUAUGUUUUGUCUCCCAAUUUUUCUUCCAAACUCGACUAUUUUUGAAAAUGUUUAAAUUUAAAUAAUUUGAAUUCCGUUUGUUGUAGUGACUGAAUACGUAUUGUCUAUAAUCAUGUUCUUGUCUUUCGAUCGAUUCAUUCUUUUAUCAAAUGGUGCAUUUCACUACGUGAAGAUUAUCUUUUAAAAUUUGAUUGAGACUCUCCCUUUGGUACCCAGUUGGACGAAUAAUUUUUGCAACAAAUAUCGGUCAAAGAUUAAGUUGAAAGCGCCCUCUAGAUAAUCGAUUUUGUAAACAACAAUCCCGUGCGCGUCCGCCAUUUAUAUAAAAAUUACAAAAAAUUAGACACGAACUUACGAAAAUGUGCCACAAAUAAUUAAAAUAAUUAAAUUAUUCAAACGCGAAAUUAAGAAUUUUAUUACUGAUAUGAGAAAUUAUAAUAAAAAGGGACGUAAUUUGGUUUAAUUUUAAUACUUUAGCAUUUUAUAAAUAUUAAUACGUGGAGAUAAAAUACGCUAUACCGACAUUUUCAAAAUUAUUGUAUUACAAAUCGGACGACUGCUGGAAGACCGCUCCAUUAUAUCUGUAAGACAGAAUAUUAUGGCGGUUACUUUAAAUCUUCGUUACGCAAUAAGUAUGGGACAAGAUAUGCAACCUAUUUUCGACGCAAAAUUCCCCAGUAUAUACCGCGCGUUUUCAAAUUCCAUCGUUUAAGCGUAAAUUUACUUUGCGCAGUCGACUCGCCCUGCGUAAAAGAGGAAUCGUCUUCGCAUUCCAAGCGGAUCAAGUCGUGAUUUAUACUUAGAAUUUUAAGACACUGGGACGGUUGACACUGUAUACUGUAAGUUUAUAAUGUAUAGAAUGUCGCAUAUAUUUAAAAAAAAAAACUAUUACAAAAGUUGUUCUUGCGUUGUUAUUAUUUUUGGUUAGAAAUGUCGUACGGUUGAUCCUUGACUUUUUAUUUUUGGAUAAAUUAUACGCACCCACUAAUCGUAUAGUAAGUACUGUACGGUACGACUGAUACGCAGUCAACGUUUAUAGUAGUCAUACUGUCUCACAUUGAAAACCUGUCAAGAUUGACGAUUAUUUCUAGUCAUUUAAUCGAGGUUCUACGUUGCUAUGGGUCGUGGUUCUCCCCUCAGUUCGGCGAGCCAUCUGGCCGGGUUGUUCUUUAAUAAUCCGGGCAAAAAUUAUACACCUGCGGUUUUUAAAGCGACCACCGUGUAACAGACGUACCAUCAGAUUUUGCCCGUCAUCACGAAAAUGCAGGAAAAGAGAAUCACGACCUUAAAUUCUCAAAUUGCAACGAGUGUACACGACAUCCACGCUAAAAUUUCUACUUUCCAAGGCUCACAUUCGUUAUUAUUGGUUGUUUUAUAGGUAAUCUUUCUUCUUGUACUUAUUACGAAAAUUAUAUUGUUGUAUCGAAAAUUAUCUAGGUUUUAUGAUUUCCGCUCGAGGAGCGUUACGGAUUUUUGUUUGCCCACGAAAAACGCCAGAAAGUUUACUAAUUUUUGUUAAUUUAUGUGCAAUGAUUUGUUUUCUUGUAUCAAAUACGUAUCUUUGUUUAACUUAAUGUUAUAAUUUUAGAAGGAUUUGCCGCCGCGUUCGCGAGAAUUUACGUUAAAACCCGUUGCCAUAUGAGAAAAAUCCACAAAUUUCUCUAAAAUUAUAAGAUUUUAAUUGAACAAACUCUUAACUGCAUUCUCGGUCCACGAAUUAAGAAAAAAAGGACAGAAAAACUGACCGGCGACCUCAGUUAGGUAUUUCUGAAGUUGGUAUUCCGCUGUGAGGCCCGUUUAAAAACCUGUUUUUCAAACAGUUGUUUCAAGUUUAAAUUUACUUUAAAAUCCUUUUAGUUAAAUCGAUAGUGAUAUAAUGUUGUUUCUUUUUUAACUUUUAAACCGUGGAAAAUAUAGAAAAAAAUCUAAAGCUAUAAUUUAUUUUUUAUUUUGUGUAAAUGUAUAAAAUAUUGUUAUAUAUUAUAAUAGAAAAGAUACUAUCUUUGUGUAUAUUGUAUUUUUAUGAAUGUCCAAAA